UUAUUACCUCAAAAUGAAAAUACGUUUGCUAUUAUGACGUAACGUUCGGUUACCGUGGUACGAACAGAACCGUCUAUAAAAAGGCAGACAGUCAACAUUCCAGCAUCAUUUAGUGAAGCACGAUCUGAGUGAAAAAUUAUCCCAGUGAGAUAGUGCAAGUUUCAUGUGAUGGACCGUAUACCGCCCGACCUUAUGGGCUCCCUGACCCCGGCGGUGCUGCAGGAUGUGCUGCGGGUCUUAACGGAGAUGAAUGAGGAAGACCAGGAGGUGCAAGAGGCCUGGAACCGCACUACGCUGAAUUUCCAUGAGGAAAUCAGUAAUCUGGCUGCCUCCAAUGAGGCUGAUGAGGCCAAGUGGCAGAUCGACAGGGCCUCACUGCUGGCUGCUGCGGAGGCCGCCCGGCAAGAGGAGCGCCGGAGGCUCCAGGCCUCCCUCCUGCAGCUGGCCCAGGAGGCCCAGGAGGUCUGCCACCAGGCCACCCUACUGCGAAUGGCCCCCAUCCAGGGGAGGCACGCCAUCGCCCAGGCAGACCACACCACCACCCAGGCAGACCACACCGCCACCCAGCCAGAGCACGCCAUCACCCAGCCAGAGCACUCCACCCAGCCAGAGCACGCCAUCACCCAGCCAGAGCACGCCAUCACCCAGCCAGAGCACGCCAUCACCCAGACAGAGCACUCCUCCACCCAGCCAGAGCAAGCUAUCACCCAGCCAGAGCACGCCAUCACCCAGCCGGAGGACGCCAUCACCCAGCCAGAGGACUCUGCCAUGGGGCUGCCAGGAAGCUCCACCAUGGGCCCCGAUCUGGAGCAGCUCCAGGACCAGGAGAAAGGAGAAGGGAUGGGCCUGGUGCUGGAGAGAGUCAAGGCCUGGAGCGGCACCCUGGUGGUGGACGGCGACGCCACCAGCGCCGCCCACAAGCAGCAGCUCAUGGCUGACCUGAGGGAGCAGGCAGACAGGUGGAUGGAGGCUCCUAUGGCAGCAGGAGAUAGCAACACCCCCCAGGUGUUCCUCACAUGGGGCCUUCGAGAGCAGUGGAGGAAGGUGCAGGGAAACAGGCCCGUCCUGAAUGACCAUCUACAGGCUUUCCUGCACAAAGACGCCAUAGAGAAGCAAGUGAGGAAACAUGCUCAGAAAGAGAGGGAGCUCGAUGCUCAAUUUGAGAUAGCAGCCUGGAGGACAAGUUCCUCAAGAAAGAGGAGAAGCUGCAAGCUGCCGCAGAGAAGCAGAGGGAGAGACUAG